AUGAAGGUCUUUUUCCUAACCAUAGCACUAAGCCUGUUCUCCAUCCUCCAAGCUGAAGAAUCAACAUCUUCUGGAGAAGUAUUGGGGGGCACAUACUAUAUAAAUGCUGUUGUCGCAGACACGGAAUUUCCUGAGGACGAGAGGCCUAAGGCCCUCUCACCUGUGACCAUCUCCUUUCUUAAUGACGGUAAUGUGGAGGCCUCAUUUACUGUCAGGAAGGAUGGCAAAUGCAAAGAGAUUAAAGGAAAAUUAGAGAAAACAGACAAUCCCAAUGAAUUCACCAUAGAUGAGGGCAGAUACCAUGUGUACGUAACUAAGACCUCUGCGCCAGAUAGUUGGAUUCUCUUAUUUGAAGGCGAGUUCAAGGGUAAACAAGUCAAAGUGGUGAAACUUUUGGGUCCAAACGCAGAAGUGGACCCUGAAGCUUUGAACGAAUAUCAGGAAUUCAUCAGAGAGAAAGGAUUUAAUGAAAGAAGAGUCAUCUCUCCUGAGCAAGAAGAGGCCUGCACCCCAGAAGAUGCUUAA